AUGAUGGCGAAAGAUUCGCCCCAGCGGACACGAUCACGCCGAGGCGAAUCUCGGGGAACAGCAUUAUCCCGUGCCGCAGAGUUUGGGCAUGAGGCGAUGGUGAAGCUGUUACUUGAAACUGGGCAGGUAGAUUUGGAGUCAAGGGACGACUUUCUUUACACGCCACUCACCCACGCCGCAAGAGGUGGUCAUGAGGCGGUCGUGAAACUGUUACUUGAAACUGGGCAGGUAGAUUUGAUGUCAAGGGACGACCUAGGCUACACACCAUUCACCCACGCCGCAGGAGGUGGGCAUGAGGCGGUCGUGAAACUGUUACUGGAAACUGGGCAGGUGGAUUUGGAGUCGAGGGACAACCUAGGCUACACACCAUUCACCCACGCCGCAGAAGAGGGGCAUGAGGCGGUCGUGAGAUUGUUACUUGAAACUGGGCAGGUGGAUCUGGAGUCAAAGGACGAGCUAGGUUACACACCAUUCACCCACGCCGCAGGAGGUGGGCAUGAGGCGGUCGUGAAACUGUUACUUGAAACUGGGCAGGUGGAUGUGGACGCAAGCAGCUACUACGGAUUCACGCCAUUGACUGAGGCUGCAGAGCAUGGACAUGAGGCGGUGGUGAAGCUCUUACUUGAGACGGGCCAGGUGAAUGUGAAGAAUGUGAACAAAAGGGUCUUUGAUCAGACACCAUUAUACCGUGCCAUACAGGGCGGGCAUGCGACGGUAGUGAAGCUGCUACUUGAAACUGGACAGGUGGAUCUGGACUCAAAAGACCCUGAAGGUCGAACAACAUUAACCUAUGCCGCAGAGUCUGGGCAUGAGGCGAUAGUGAAGUUGAUACUUGAGACUGGACAGGUUGAUGCGGAAGAACGCGGCCACCAGUUCCCUGAUAGCACCGAAAGCCCAUUGGAGACGGAAUUUGCGAUAGGUGAGAUGCGAAAUGUUAGGUAG